AUGGAUCCAACUGAAAUGGACACAGGUAAACUAAGUCAGCUACUUAAGCAGAUUUUGUGGCAAUACCAAUUGAUAAGCCAGACCCUUUUGUGCACUGACCUUCAAGAUAAGGAUGUUACAGGUACAUGGGUAUCUACAAUGAUCAUGCUGUGUCAAGAGUUUAAUGGGGUUCUUUGCCAACAUUUGGAACAUGUUACAGGGAUGCUACAAGCCACUUGCCAGCAACUGCAUGUUCUCCUUGACAAAGAGAAACCUUGCUUUUGGAGACAAGAAAUUCAUGCUUUCAUAGACUGCCUGGAGAAAAUAAGUGAAUAUUUGAGGAAUGCUGUUAUACAUCUUCAGAAAGAGGAAAAAGACAUAGUUAACUUACAUGCCAUGAAUCAUGAAUAUAUUUCACUUUAUACACAAUCUAUCAUUCAAAAUACCUGCAGUGGAACAAACAUUUCUGAAAAAGGGAAAAUGGAUUAUAUGGAAACAGUUCCUGAUUCCAGUCAACGAUUUCCUCAAAUUUCUCCCUCAAAGGAAGGAGAAAUUCAUAGUAUGAGCCAAAUCCAGAAACAAGAAAACAAAAAACUGAUUACUUCUACAUUUGUGGAGAAAGAAAAGAUCUCAUCAUUGAACGGAAAUGUCAUGAGGCAAGAAAUGGAAUGCACUGAAAUGUCCUCAGAAAAUAUGGCAGAUAAGGAUUGUAAACAAAUACAGGAUAUUAUUGUAGAGAAAAACAGUACAAAGAGUGAAGAGAUUAAUGCUACAAAAUCUAGUAAAGAACUUCCAGAAAGAGAAUUUCAAAGUGCUAUGGAGAAUCUGAAUGAAGAUAUGACAGUGGCUCUGAUGAAUGAUAUUGAUAAUAGAUAUGGGGGGAAAGUCCUUACAAAUGAUUCAGAAAAUCCAAAUGAAACAGAUCAUGUUCUGGAAAAGGAAUAUCUUGUUACUCCAAUUCAUGAGACCAGCCCCAAAGUAGCUUGUUAUAUCAUAGCACCAUCACCUAUACUACAGAACCUGACCUGCCAGAUAACAAAUAGUAUUAGUUCCUUGGUAGUUAAUGAUACUGAAGAAUUGGUCAGCAAUGUCAUCACUGUUGAGUACUCAGACCAGGAUAAGAGAAUACCAUUUCCAAUCAGCAUCGCAAUCCCAUUUAGUGCACGCUACCGGGGAAAUUACAGAGACAUCAUGGUGAAAGUGUCUGACAGAGACCUUCAAUCAAGUUAUAUAACCCCAAGUUCACUGGAAGGAACCCGAGAGAGUCAUAAGGGAACCUGGGCUGAAGUAAAGGUUUAUAAGCUUGGCAUCUUCUCUGUGGUAUCAUGCCUGAAGAAAGAAUCCUUCAUGGUUCCAAAGAAAGGCCUUUCUCUAAAGCUCAGCAUGGAUCCCAGGAUCUCCUUAAGUUACCCCUUGGGAGUUUUCAGCUCUUCAAUCCUUGUACAGUUAAAGGUCCAGCCAAUUGAUCCUUCACUAGUGUCAACAUUAAAAAUGAAACAAGAUCUUUAUUAUUCAGUAGUAUCAACAAGCCCUUUAAUUCAUCUCCAACACCCAGCAACACAUCCUUUUCAUAAACCUGUCACUGUCAUUUUGCCCUGUUCUCCAAGGACAGAGAUAAAAAUGCAUGAUGCUGAGACAGACCAUAAAAGGACAACUAGUGCUACUUCUAGAAAGCUCACAACUUCCUACCCCAUCCGGGCCAAGAGUGCUUCUAUACGAAAACCCGGGGACAAUGUCAGUGAGUCCUUGAAACUACUGGGUUUCAGAAGCAGAGAGGGAAGUUGGUUUGUCCUUGAUGAUAUUGUUGUGAGAAACGUGCACAGUGGAAUUGUAUCAUUUGAAUUGCAUGAACAUUUAGACAGAUUUCUCGUGCUUCGCCUUUCUUCCACCAUGGACAAUUCCCAUCUAGUCUUUUUGGCAAAGUGUCUAGAGGAAGCUACCUUGAGUACCAUGGCCUGUAUAGUGCUAUAUCGGAAUAAAGAAAACCCUCAUAAAGCAGUUGUUUCACUAGUGCCUUCUAAAGAUUUGACUCAGGAGCUUCAGAGCCUGCAUAAGAGAGGGUUUAGUGGGCCUCCAGAGCCAUCCCAGUUUUUCCAAAUGAGAGAAGGAGAACAGAUUAUUUUAAGGUUUAAUGGCAACAUUUUUGCUUCAAGUAAUGGGAAAGAUUAUGGAAAAGACUACAAGCUUAUUUUUCAUUUACAAAGAAAGGCCAGCCUGGAACUCCAGCUCAAAGAGGUGGAUGAAUUUGGCAACUACAGCUCCCCUCACUACAAGGGUACAGUUGCAGUUUACAAAGUACCCAGAGAAAAAAUAGCCAAGAACUUGAAUCAACCACUUAUACUUAAUGACUUUGGGCAUCAAUUGCCUACUUGCAAAUUACCAUUGAAUUUACCUAAGCAUGAAAAAUUAAUCAAACAUCCACAGAGCACUAAGCGAAUGUCUACAGAUCCUUCAGAAGCCCUUUGGGAAAACUUGCUGUACUGGUUGGCUGAGGAAAUGUCUGAAGAAAAUGCAGCAUCCCUUGCUGCAUCCCUUCCUCUCCGGCGGAGCACCAUUCAACUUGUCAAACUGAAGAAUCCUGAUAAUCUAACUGAGCAGAUCUAUGAAUUUCUUUCCUUCUGGAAGAAAACCCUCCCAACAUCAGUCGAUAAACAACGGCUUCUAUCUCGUCAUCUCCGAAAGACUGGCAGGAGUGAUCUUUCAGAACAGCUCAAAUACAAGUGGGAGAAUAAGGUAUUCACAGAACUUCAGCUGGGGUCAGAUGAGGAGCAGUAAAACCUUGGUUUUCCAUUUCUUUUCCCUUAGGGAAAAAUGUUAAUGUAAAUCUUGGAGAGAGUUUCUGUCAAAAUUAUAUUACCAGCUUUCAUAUAACAUAGUUGAAAGUGCAUUUAUUUGAUAGAUGGGCUAUUAAGUUAAUUAAGACAAACAGAAGGGCUAAUCAGACAACAAAUGGAAAUUUGGAGAUUUGAGUGCGUCUUCAUGGUUCAGCAAUUCAUUUUCUGUAAACUCAAUUCCCUUUGGUAUGCCCAACACAACAGCUUUAGCCAGUGUUCCCCACUUACAUAUUAAUGGCCUUUGUUGUUUAUUUUCUUAGUAUGAAAAUGUAAAUGCCAUAUAUGACAUAUGACUCAUUGUUUAGUUUUAUUACAUGGAACAAAACUAGUCAACCAUGAGAUCUAGAAGCCAAAAGACCACUCCAAACUCCAUAAGAUGUCCCAUAGACACAGCUAGAAAUCAUACACAUUGAAGCAUCCGGGUUAGAUGUUCUUGACACAGAUAUUUGAAGAUAAAAGUGCCAAAAAUAAACCCAUUUUGAAAUUUAUAAACAGAGGAAAACUUUACAUGCUCAAAUUUACACAUUUAGAAUUUAUAUUCAUUUAGAGUUAGCCUGGUCUAAAACUCUCUUUUGUAUUACCCAUGAAAAGUAGGAUUGCUAACAGAUCAAAUGUUAGGCAGGAAUCUAAGAGCCUUUUGAGCUAUUUAAGAAAACCAGCCACUUCAAACUAUUUUGACACUUUAAAUCAUUUGCACUCAAAUGAUUUAUUAUUCCUUAUGUAGUAUCCAUGAGAUAAGCAUGGUAUAGUAGAUAGAAAAUUGCUCUCAGAAACAGGAAAACCUGAGUUCAAAUACUUCCUCUGAUACAUAGUGGCUGUGUGACCCCAGGCAAGUCACACUUAACCUUUUAGAGAUUUCGGCAGCUCUCUAAGAUCAUAAAUGACUGAGAAGGUGCCGAUUUGCCUUGGUAGAGUUUUCUCAUUUGGGCGUUCCUUGUAUUAGUAAAAUCACAGGUUCCUAUUUCUUCCUAGAUAUAUGAACCUUGCCACUUCAUUAAAGAAGAUUCACUACUUUCUACACAGAAAAGCUACUUUGAAAUAUUUUGUUCUAGGAAAGGGAAGGAGGAAAUAAGUACACAGCACUAAGGAUGCCAAACAUUGCUAAGUGCUUUUUUAUAAAUAUUAUCUCAUUUGAUCCAUACAGCAACCUUGGGAAGAAAGUGCUAAUACUAUUUCCAUUUUA